GGGAGAGGGCAGGAUCCACCAGCUCUCCCUCAGCAUCCUCCAGCAGGAAACCCAGGAGAGGAGCUGCCGCUCAGGACACCUUUGGGAGGAUCCCUUAGCACAACAUAUGCUACAUCAACACACCCGGCUGCUUUCCCCUUCCAGGAAAGAGGAGAAGGAGGGAGAGGAAAGAGCUCCAGAGUGCUCCAGGGAUUUUCCAUGUAACCAGAAGCGGACGAUGCCCCCGGGAGCUGCUGCCGGCCCCUGCUCCGUGCGCGGCAGGUGAGCAUCACCUGCGGGGCAGCCCCGCUCCGCCAGCUGCCCCUGCUCCGCUGAUCCCCCUGCUCUGAUGCUGCUCUGGAUGUCCCGGUGAGAACUCUUAGAGAUGCCUAUUCUCUCCAGAGGCAGCGACCAAGACUAUAGCAACAUUAGCUACAACUCCUGCAAUUCCUUGAGCCACUUCCUUCCCAUCUGUGUGGAAACCCCUUCUGUCAAGGGGGUCCAUUACCAGAGAGCCAGGAGGAUUUACCACCCCGAGCAAGUGUCUGCAGCCGACCUGAAGACAGAGAUCAUGAUCAAUGUUGGAGGCAUCAAGUACCUGCUGCCCUGGAGUACUUUAGACGAGUUUCCCCUGACCAGACUGAGCAAGCUAAAGCUUUGCAGCAGCUAUGAAGAAAUCAUCCAGCUGUGCGACGAUUACGAUGAGGACACCCACGAGUUCUUCUUCGACAGGAACCCCAACGCUUUCGGGAUGAUUGUCAGCUUCCUAGCAGCGGGGAAGCUGAUGCUCCUGAGAGACAUGUGUGCCUUGUCUUUCCAGGAGGAGCUGAGGUACUGGGGCAUUGAGGAAUCCAACCUGGAGAACUGCUGCUUUCGGAAACUGUUCCAGAAGCUGCAGGAGCUGGCCGAGAUCCGCAAAGAAGAGGAGCUCCGGAGGAGCAAGGAGGCUUCGUGUGUCUUGGAUGAGAAAACCAGAUUCGGGCAGUUCAUGAACAGACUCAGAGAUAUGGUGGAAAAUCCCCAGUCAGGACUGCCAGGCAAAGUUUUUGCUUGUCUCUCCAUCCUCUUUGUGGCCACCACAGCUGUCAGCCUUUGUGUGAGCACAAUGCCAGACUUAAGAGCUGAAGAAGACAGGGGCGAGUGUUCCCAGAAGUGCUAUUACAUCUUCGUCAUCGAGACCAUCUGUGUGGCUUGGUUCUCCCUGGAGUUCUGCCUCCGCUUCAUCCAGGCCAGGAGCAAGUGUCAGUUCUUCAAAGGACCCCUGAACAUCAUUGACUUCUUGGCCAUUUCCCCUUACUACGCCUCCCUCAUCUUCUCCGAGGACGACUCCAGCGAGGAGGAGGACAGGCCGAGCAGCAACACGUACCUGGAGAAGGUGGGCUUGGUGCUACGGGUUUUACGUGCCUUGAGGAUCCUCUACGUCAUGCGCCUUGCCCGGCACUCCCUGGGCCUGCAGACCCUGGGCCUCACCGUGCGCAAGUGCACGCGGGAAUUCGGGCUGCUGCUGCUCUUCCUCUGCGUGGCCGUUACCCUCUUCUCCCCCCUGGUGUACCUGGCUGAGAACGAGUCGGGCAGGGUGCUGGAAUUCACCAGCAUCCCCGCCUCGUACUGGUGGGCCAUCAUCUCCAUGACCACCGUGGGUUACGGGGACAUGGUGCCGCGGAGCGUGCCGGGACAGAUGGUGGCUCUCAGCAGCAUCCUCAGCGGGAUCCUCAUCAUGUCCUUCCCCGCAACCUCGAUAUUCCACACCUUCUCCCACUCCUACUCCGAGCUGCGCAAGGAGCACGAGCGGCUGCAGUCGCGGGUGAGCCGGGCGAAGAGCGCCAAUCGCGCCGGGGAAAGCGACACCUUCAAUGAGACCGACAGCCUGACCCUGGAGGGACAGGCCUCCCCCAUCAAAUACAUCUACACGGGGAACUGAGAGCCUGGAAACUCCAUAAACACAUCUACAGGGGGAACUGAGCCUGGAGACCCUAUCGAACUGAUCUAGACAGGGACCUGAGCCUGGAUACCCCAUCAGACACAUCUACAGGGGAAACUGAGCCUGGAGACCCCCUCAAACAUGUCUACAGGUGGAACUGAGCCUGGAGACCUCAUCAAACACAUCUACAGGGGAAACUGAGUCUGGAGACCCCAUCAGACACAUCUACAGGGGAAACUAAGCCUGGAGACCCCCUCAAACAUGUCUACAGGUGGAACUGAGCCUGGAGACCUCAUCAAACACAUCUACAGGGGAAACUGAGUCUGGAGACCCCAUCAGACACAUCUACAGGGGAAACUAAGCCUGGAGACCCCCUCAAACAUGUCUACAGGUGGAACUGAGUCUGGAGACCCCAUCAAACACAUCUACAGGGGGAACUGAGCCUGGAGACCACAUCAGACACAUCUACAGGGGGAAAUGAGCCUGGAAACCCCACCAAAUACAUCUAGACAGGUAACUUAGCCUGUAGAUCCCAUCAAACACAUCUACACAGGAAACGGAGCCUGUAGACCCCAUCAAACACAUCAUAAUAGGGACCUGAGCCUGGAGACAACAUCAAACACAUCUACACAGGGACCUGGACCUGGAAACCCCCAUCAAAUACAUCUACAUGGGGAACACAGCCUGGACACCCCAUCAAAUACAUCUAUAUGGGGACCAGAGCCUGGAGACUCCAUCAAAUACAUCUACAUGGGGAACAGAGCCUGGAGACCCCAUCAAACACAUCUACACAGGGACCUGGACCUGGCCUGGGCUGUUCCCAAAACCACUGACAGAAACAUGGACAUGUGUGCAUCAGCAAAAUACACGAAGCAAAGCAACAGCAUAGGUUCCAGUGCUAUCCUCUCUCCUGGCAUAGGUAUAAGCAGCAGCCAACACAACAGAGCCAGCUCCAAAAAAUCCCCAUGGAGCUGGAGGUUGGGAGAAUGUAAAAAAGUCAGAGUUUAUUCACUGAUAAAUGCUCAUUCUUCUCUAUGACUACUAGGAAUAAACUUUGUCUCCACCACUCAUGCAUUUUGCUGAAUACCUAACACUGAAUGAGUAACAGACAAGCCAGAUUCUGCUGGCACAAACACACUUGGUAUUUUAUUUGCCUUUGAGUUUCCAGUGUUCUUGCAAUGAAUAUCCUGAGCCAGGUGUUAGGAUGCAUUCUUUCAGGGCUACACACCAGUGUGGUGUGGUACACACCACAGCUCACCCACCAGGCAUGCAGACACAAAUCCAAAUUCUGUAUUUAAAGCCAGUAACAAGCUUAAAAUAAAACCGCUGUAUGUGACAGCUUUCAAAGUU